AUGGAACGGCCAACCAAGCGACCAGCACUACCCCGUGCCGCUGCUGCCGACGGCGAGGGCAAUCGGCGCCCUUAUGGACCGGCUCAGGAAGCGUUUGUGAGGGAGACCCGAAGAGCCAUUGAUGCCAACAGUUGUCCUUCUUUUCUGCAGGAUUGGUCCAACAUUGUUCCUUGGCCGUCUUCCAGAGCCUUGCGUGGAAACACCAGUGAAGACUCGAGACGACCGACUUCUUCCCGAAUCCUGGGAGGCUUUACCUACUAUAUGGGAGCAUCUCCCAGCUAUGGCAUCAGGCAGGAACUCUACAAUUACAUCUCUGCAUCUACACUGCAUCCACUCAAGAAAAUUGAAGCCAACUUGAAGCAAUUUGUAUCUGAGCAAUACAAUCAGGAUUUGUUGAGAUAUCUUCUGGAUUGUCGCGAUGGACGGGUAGUCCCCAAGCGCCGUCCACCUGACCCCAAUCGCCCCGUCAAUCCCAAGCAACAACGUCGACGAGAAAAGGCCACAGAACUGGAGACACUUAAACAGAUACGAAUGGACCUUCAGAGUGCACGUGACAAGGCCAAGGACAUUUCCUUUGCCGAUGUCAUCUCCCUCAAAAGCAACCACAACAACCGCUGGGUGGCUUUCCCCUUGCUAGGCAUUUCCAAACUUACCAAGAUCACUUCUGUGGGCAUUCACACCGGUCGCGAUCUUCUGAAGAGUGCACAUGAUCAAGAUGAAAGAUUUAUCAAAUUGAGAGGGAUGACUGUAAAGCCAACAACUUGCCUUGCCUGGGUGGACUCUGUCAAGAAGGAGUUUGAGACGCUGGAGGAAAACGUCAAUGCGCUUGCCGCGGAAGUGAAACGAGUCGAAGAACAAUUGGGAGAGGACGUGGCUCUGUUGGAUGAUGACGAAGAUGACAUCAUGGACGAAUUGGACGAAGCGAUGGAAUAUGAAGACUUUGGUACCAUGGAGAAUCGGGAACGAUACGAUGCAAGGUUCGUCUACAUGGGGACAAUCAAAGACGUUGUCGCUGAAGAGUUCAAUCAACGGCGGUUCGUGAUGAGGGACCGCAUGUGUCAGUUGGGAGGACAAGUCUUGCGGAUUCACUUUCUCUACGAUAUUUGCAAGAAGAUCAAUGCGUUUUGCAAGGCUUCCAACAAGAAUGUCAUCCCUUUCAAAUGCAUGGCCGUUGUUCUCAACGAAAAGGGAAUGGUCAUUUGGUGGGCCAUGGUCAAAAAGGAACGUUACAUUGAUGACAUCCUCGGGCCACUCAAAAAACUCAAAGCUCGGUUGGAUCGACAAAAAAAUUCUGUCGGAGCGAUCUUCGCAGACGAGUCGCGCAUUUGCCGGAGGCUGAAAAACAUCUUUGAAGUCGUGGCCUUUGAUGUAAUGGAAUGGCUAGAGAAAUGGAACAAGUGCCUGGUUGCCCCCACCACCAAUCGAGCAGAAACUUUUCGAGCGCUCAUGUGCAAAGCAGUCAUGGGAAUCGACACAGACGAUGUCAAGCGAGAGCGAAAAAGGCUGGCUUCUGAGUAUCUGCGAGAUCCGACCGUUGAAGAAAUACUGAGGGCAUGUGAUACCAACGUACCCGAACCAGAAGUAGCUGUGCGUGCUGUCAUGGACGUGCUGUACUUCUUCUUUCAUGAGGACGUCCAAUACACAUUGCAAAGCGCCUAUCGACCCGCUAGUAGGCUUACAGCCAAGUUCUUCAAGGAGUAUGAUGUCGUUGUCAAGACGGUGGAAGAGCAGGUGGCCUGCGUUCGAUCAGCAUCACUUCGUCUACCCAAUCAUACCUGCAACCAGGUCAAGACGCUAUGUGAAACUCUCGAUAAGAAAGUGUUCGGAGACUCGCCCUUUGCCGGCAUCCGAAGGGCCGAACGGGGAAUUUGGUCUGUAUUGGACAGCAUGAACUCCAUUAUGAGCGGCGUCACACCAGCAGAUGCAACAGCCGAAGCCCAAGAGGAUUCUACGGCGGAAUCGGCACAGGCUCAAGAGAAGUCCGCACAGCACACAUUUGCCACUUCAUUGGCGGCUUCACUGGGCAUGCAGGUACCUCCUUAUCAGGUCACAGAAACGGCGAUUGUCCCCAACAAGAGUUCGGAAACCGAGAACCUUGGGUUUGACGUGACUUGGGACGACGACAGGCUUGGAAUCUUGGCGGAAGCACACGCACACAACGAUUUCGAAGAAUACCUCGACACUGUGGGGCGCGAAGAUGAUCUCAUUGAUGCUGCCACCACGGCUCAAGCGGGGCAUCCAAAGGCCACGCCGGCUGCAACUGGACAGCAAGCAGUGGCUGCAGAGAAUGCCGUGAUCACCGUCGAUGGCCGCGACAACAGCAAUGAAGCAAGCGCUGCGCAAGGCGAUGGAGUAAACGACUAUAUCCUCAGCAAUGAAAACAAAAGAAAGAUGUUCUCAAGGUACGAAAGGGGGGUCGCCGAGUUUGUUGCUGAAAUGACCCAAAAGACGGGGAAGACAUCACUCGAGGCUUUCAAGAGCCUCACCAACGCCGAGGCCUGGACGACGUUCUUGGAGGCAAAACCCUUUGUCAACGAUUCCGACGACCCGCUUCAUGUAGAGGAAGUGAACUUCUUCCAGCAAAUCAAAGUUGUAUUCUGUGGGCCCAUGGCCAGUGGUGACUUCGAGCAAUUUGCAAAGGCUUGGAAUUGGGAGGCGGCCACUCGAAUCAAAAGUGUCUGCAACGGGGGCAAGGCGAAGAAACCCAUCAGUUGCAAGGAAUCGGCUCAACUUCUCGAGCAGAAACGACGUUACGAACAAUACGCUCAGGGUAUGAGAACGUUCAUCAUGAAUUGCUGCCACGAGAAGGCGGGUAGCAAACGGGCUUUCAUGAGCUAUUGCAUAACAUGCGGACACUCCAGGGGUCACCAUAACUUUCAAAUAGAAUCCUUCGGGCCGACUUGUCGCAAGGGAUUCUGCGCUCGAUGUGGGGCGUUACAGAAAUGGCACGCAGAAGGCUCUUCGGAAAUGGGUUUCUACUGCGUUCUCACGGCGGAGCAAAGCGGGGCAAAACACGGGAAGAUAGAAACUUUUGAUGAGUACUGGCGGGCCUCUGUAACCGUGCCACGCCCAACCAUGUCCAGCGUCGUUUUGAAGUCUCCUGUUCCAGCCAAGAAGGCCGACAAAGAGAAGGGGAGUGGGAAGGGUGGCGAAUGCCAAGACAAAGCCGAAAGUGCUGAUGAGUCUAUGGUUCGCCCAGACGAACCAGUUGAGAUAAGAGGCGAGGGCGAGAUAGAAGCUCCUGACAAAGCGCAGGAGGAUGGCAAGAAGAACCCAUAUGUUCCAGCUGAAGCAAUCAUCGCCAGGGCCCCAGCGAUCGCGCCACCAAAGGAAGCAAUAGAAGAAUGUAUGCGGGAGGCUGCGGCAAAUGCUCCCAAUGCCCAGCAAGCGGGAGCCAAUGGCAACCGACAGAUAGCCACGGCUGCCACUCCCACAGCAACAGCAGCCGUUAACCCCCAGACAACAACAACGACAACAGCCGCUAACGUCCAUGCAAACGCAGUCACAGCAGCAACAACGAUAGUUGUUGACCCUUCGGCAACCGCAGCCAACCCCUCAGCUGCGUCAGCCGCCAAACCCUCGGCAACAACCAUCAACCCUCAACCUCCAGCAGCCCCAACUCGGCCGAACCCUCAGCCUCCAGCCGUCACUGCGUUUGGAGGAGGUACCUCCUACAAUAAUAAUCCACAAUAUGCAUGGUAUUCUGGUGUUCCCAUGGGCAUGCCCAAUGCAAUGAUGCCUCGAUUGCCUGGGAAUUUCGCUGCAGCACCAGGUACCCAUGGGUACGGAGCAUGGUACCCCACUGGUACAACGGCGGCGAUGAUUGCAGCUGCCCAGACCGCCCAAGUGCAAGGACGACGCAGCUCCAUUGGGAUGUCCGCAGCGACAGCGGCAUUCACGGCCCAGGAGCCAGGUCGACGCAACAGUGACAUCAGUCAUAAGCAGCAGACCAGACGCGACAGCGGCAUCACCUACGAGAAUACCUUGGCAGGACAUCGACGACGUGCUGUCGACGAGCUGGUGAAACAAAGAUAUGGGGGUAAAUCUCCUUUUCGAAAGUAUUGCCUCAAGUGUGCCUUUCCAAAGAGAAAUCACAUGCAUGAAGAAUCUGCAGGCCCCAAUUGCUGUCGCAACUACUGUGCUCGAUGUUAUGCUCGCAAGGAGUAUCAUGACCAGCAUGGCUCUGAAAUGGGUUUCUAUUGCUUUUUGACAAUGGGUCAGAGUGGUGCGAAGAAUGAUUUCAGAAUGACAGAGUUCGACAAAGAAUGGCGUGGCAGUACCGAAGCAACUCAGACUAUCCAUCGCAAUACGCAAACGAUGCCGUGCAAUUCGAAAACGCCCCGGGGAAACAACGAUGCAUCCAUUGGAAAAUCCACAUCUUCAAGUUCCGACGAGGAUGGCUGGGAGCCCACCGACGAGCCAUUUUCCGACACGGAUUCCAGUAAAUCCAGCCAAAAGAAGCCCGCCGCCGUUCGUACAAGACGUGCCGCCCAUCAAAACACUGGUGCCACCACGGACAUUGCUCGAUUAGCAGCCUCCAUUUGUGACGCUACAACUGCUCGUACCAGAAACGCAACUGUCACCUCCCCUUCAAAAGCAACUGCAAAAGCAGCUCCUGCCACCUCCCCCACUAAAGCCGCCCCUGCCGUCGCCCGUACGGCAACUGCAACUACAACCACAACUCCUAUUGCUUCCAACAAGAGAAAGGUGCCUCCAUCUGCUGUAACUGCCACCUCCCCUGCCACUCGAUCCGGUGCCCGCAAAAAGAGGGCGGUUGCAACGACUACGACGACAAAAAGUCCCUCGGCGAGUGAACGACCCGGGGGUCUUGCCUACAGAGAAACCUACACGGGUGUACCGAAUGAACCAUUGGAAGGCGGUUGGCCUCCAGGAUGGACCAAAGUAGUUCGUCUUCGAACCAGCGGCGUGGCUACAAAUGGGAGAGAGGAUCGUUACUGGUAUUCUCCUGGUGGCAGAGUCUUUCGUAGCAUGGUGGGUGUGCGCAAGUUUUUAAAGGCCCUUCCGAUGUUUGCGGGCGACGAAGACGCCGCAUUUCGAGCACACAAAACGGUGACUCUGGAUGUAGACAGGGCAGUAAUUUAG